AUGGCACGAUACUACGCGGUUGAUAGCCCCGAGAAGCUGACCAACUUCAUGGAGGACCAGAACAGAUUCCUACGAUUCUUUGAUGAAUUAUGGGAAAAGGGUAUCAAACCUCGAAAGGACAAAGGCAACUUGGCAGGACCUUCGCUCGAAGCGGUCAAAGCGGCGUAUCAUAUCGGAGAGAUUAACGGAAUCAAACGGUACACGGGACUUGAUGUCGACAAGUCAGAUUGGGUCGAAGAAGACUAUGCCGCAACUGCCUACACCGCAUGUGCAUUGAAUCGCCUUUGGCAAUGCUUUCUGCGGGCAUCGACUGAGCGGUCGAGGAAGUUGAAACUAGCCGAAGAGAAGGCGUCCAAACAUGGCAACCGUCGGAAGGGUAGCGGGAAGAACGUGGGUGGUUCUGGAGGUUCACGAAACGUCCUUGGUUUGUCUGUGGGAACUCCUGGUCAUAAUGCUGGUGGCACGAACGAGAGUCCUAGUGCACGAAACGCCUCUGGUUCGUCUGCGGUAACUCCUGGUACCGGGCCAGACUUCACGGGCACCGCCUUCGAUGACAUCAAUCCCCGUCCCACGAAGAAGAGAAAAACAUAA